UCCAUAGGCUGAUUCUCUGAAUCAGAUCUCUUUCUUGUUCUUUAGGCUUGAUUCUCACGAAUCAAGAGAGGUUUAUCCUCAAAUCUAUCACCCAAACUUGUCAUCGUACUCAGGUACAUGACAAUUGGUAUCUAGAGCCGUUUCGAUCCAUGGGGAGUAUUUCGUAUCUAGUUAGGGAGAAAGCUGAAGCCUAUCUCUAUUUCCUUGACCUCAAGAGAAGGUAUAGUGAGCUGCUUAACGAUGUACCUUCACCAAGUCAAAAUUAUCAUCUUACGCAAUCAGAGUCUCUAAUCUCCUUCGCCAAGCUUAGGUGGGAAUCAAUUUACAUACCACCAUUAGAAGAACAAUUCGUUCCGGGAGUUGUGAAUACAGAAGCUACCAAAAAGGAGGAGGUUUUUAUUGACGAAUUGGUACCUGAAUUCAGUCAAGGUCUUACUCCAAUUUCUCUUCCUGAUGCUACUUCAGAUUCAAGUUUCUAUUCCGAUUCAGAUGAAGGUUUAACUUGGUUUUUAAGAUCGACAUCAAACAUUGAAGACGCUGUUAAUUCAAUUGUUGAUUUCAUGGUCUCUCCAUAUGAGGAAAUCAAAUCCAUUCCUACUGGUGUUGAUGAAGAAAAGGAAUCUCUCGAAUUAGAGUUGAUUCCUUCGUUUUUCUUUGUUGAACGAGAAGAUGAUGCUUUAAUUGAUGCGGUGAGUUCUCAAUUUACAGAAAUCGAUAAGGCGUCCUUGAAUGAUUUUGAUAGCAAUAAUCGCUUGAACAUGGGUCAAGUUUGUUUUUCUAUUCUUCCUGAUUAUACUCGCUUAUUGUUUGAUCGUGGAAAAGAUCUCAAACUCAUUAAACGUUUUUCUUACUUAGCUGAAAUUUAUGAAUUUGGUUUUGAUUCAAUUACUUCAUGUUCCUUUGCAUUAUAUGUUUGUUCAAUUUUGAUGACCAAUGACAAUGACAAUUGUGUUCAUGAGCUGGUUAAGAAACUUGGGUACCAAUCAGCUUGGCCGAUUAAUGAAUCAAUUAUGGGUAUGUUGGUAGAGGUGGUUUUAUUAGUACUGAAGGGAUGUUGUUUGAUACAAUGUAUGAGAGUAACUCUGUCAAUUUGAGUAGUGUUGAAGUCGAUUUCCUUUUGCAGCUCAAAAUGGGUAAAGUAUUUAAUCAAGGCAAAGAGUCAGAUGGUAUUAAAAGGUUCUCUAAUUCUCUUAGUGAAUAUGAAUGGGAUUUUGUUACAUUUUCUUCUUGUGUGAUUUUUCUUCUUGAGUCUCUAUUACUGGAAAGGUACAAUGAUGACUUGGGAUGUGAGCUGCUUCCAAGGCUUGGGUAUCCAUCUGAAUUUCGGUUUCUGAAUUCGUUGGUUCUUAUAAUUGCCUAUGUUGCUAAGUCUGGUGGAGAGUGGAAUUUGGAUGCUGAAUUUUCAGAGAACAAUAAGCUUUUGUUUCACUUAUUGGCUGGAGUGACGAGGUUAAACAAAGCGCAUAAAGGAUAUGUUCACGUGCUUGAUAUGCAGGGAGCAGAAAUUUUCUUCUUACAGCUCACAUGUGAGUUGCUUGAGGUGAUUAAAAUGGAGGUAUAUGAUGAAUGUCAGAAUUCUCCUUCGUGUUACAGCUAUAUGGUCAAAAUGGGUAUUUGAUGCGAAAAGUGUGUUACUGCACUUGUUUUCAAACUGGGAUACCCAUGGAAGUUACUAUGGAAGAGCUCGACUACAUUUCUGUUCGUGAAAGGGGUUGCAACUGGUGUUGUUUGCAAGUUCUGGGAUGAAAGGUUGCAGUAUGGUACAGUUUUAUUGUGGAGAUUGAUACUUCAAGUGACAUGUACUACUGAAGAUGGUACUGUGAUAGAGUUAGUUGAUCAACUAUAUCUCAGUAGUUGGAGUUUCUGUAAUCCUCUAAUCUUGCAGCUGGGAAAUGGUUCACGAAAUUCGCUAAAAUUCUGUGUGGUGGCAAGACAUUAUGCUGGUGAAUCACAGAUUCUCUCAAAGAGGCUUACCUGUAAGCUUGUGUUUCUUUCUCUUCGUGCCGGCAAGUUGUGUGAUGUGUCUUUGCAGCGGGGAAUCAAAUUAUGCUUGCUUCAUCUCGGUUUUUGGUGUAUAGCAAGUGGUGAUGCUUUCACUUGGAUUUUUACUUGCUCCCUGAAGGACCCAACUCGACAGUUUAUAGUAAUAAUAAAUAUCAUUCUGGCGGGGAAGCAUUUCUUAUCGAGAGGGUGAAAAUCAAAAAGAUGUUUGUAGUGGUUAAUGAUGGUGUAUGUUUUUAUGGAUACAUGAGGUGGAAAUUCAGAUUGGUUCCACCUGAUAUAUGGAGUUUGAGAAGUGUUAAAAUGAAAGUUAAAUUCUCAGUUUUCAACUUUGAUGCAAACUGAACUGCUCAUUCUAAGAGAUUUUGGGUUGUUUCUGUUUACAUAAAAGUUUUAUGGAGCAGUGGCGAAGAUUAUAUUCGUGAACAUGGUUUCCCUAAUGCUUCUGAAUGGUUGAGGGAUAGUGCAGGUACACAUAGAAAUGAAAAUUCUGCCAUGACUGGUUUUUUGUGCUGCAAUCGACUUUUGCUAUUGGUAUAUCCACCAACAAAGGGUUGUAUCCAGUUAGAGCUUUAUGGCGAGUUACGAGUCAUUCAAUUCAGGCUCAUGAUGAGUCAACAUCGAACAAUGCUAAUGUUCAUGGUAUCCUUGAUGUGGGUCUUCUUGAGGAGAUACUUAGCAGCGAAUGUGGAUGCUGAGUCAGGUGC